AUGGUUCUUCAAGAUCUCGGUCGUCGCAUCAACACGGCCGUCACAAAUCUCACCAGAGAGCCCAACCUCGACGAAAAGGUGCGCCGCAUUCCUACCCCGCAGAACCAUCCGUCGCCGUCGCCACACGAUGCCGCCGCUUUCGAUGGCAUGCUCAAGGAGAUUUGCUCCGCCCUUCUCGAAGCCGACGUCAACGUGCGCCUCGUCGGCCAAUUGCGAAAAUCGAUCAAGAGUACCGUUAACUUUAAGGAGCUCCCGCCCGCCGUCAACAAGAAGCGCCUCAUUCAAAAGUCCGUUUUCGAUGAGCUUGUCAAGCUCGUCGAUCCUCAUGCCGAACCAUUCAAGCCUAAGAAGGGCAAGUCCAACAUCAUCAUGUUUGUCGGUCUGCAGGGUGCCGGUAAAACGACAACAUGUACCAAGCUCGCACGUCACUACCAGGCGAGAGGCUUCAAGGCCUGCCUGGUGUGCGCUGAUACCUUCCGUGCUGGUGCUUUUGACCAGCUGAAGCAGAACGCGACCAAGGCGAAGAUUCCAUACUACGGUUCCCUGACAGAGACGGACCCGGCGGUGGUAGCAAGAGACGGUGUCGAAAAGUUCAAGAAGGAGAAGUUCGAGAUCAUCAUCGUGGAUACAUCAGGUCGUCACAGGCAAGAGGAGGCUCUGUUCCAGGAGAUGGUGGACAUCCAGACGGCAAUCCGACCCGACGAGACGAUCAUGGUGCUCGACGCAUCCAUCGGUCAGCAGGCCGAGUCGCAGGCCAAGGCGUUCAAGGAAUCAGCAGACUUCGGAGCCAUCAUCAUCACCAAGACGGACGGUCACGCAGCGGGUGGUGGUGCCAUUUCCGCCGUCGCAGCAACACAUACCCCUAUCGUAUUCAUCGGUACGGGUGAGCACAUGCUCGACUUUGAGCGUUUCGCACCACAACAAUUCGUACAGAAGCUGCUUGGCAUGGGCGACAUGGCCGGACUGGUGGAGCACGUGCAAAGUUUGAAGCUCGACCAGAAGGACACGAUAAAACACAUCACGGAAGGUAUCUUUACGGUACGCGACCUGCGGGACCAGCUAUCCAAUAUUAUGAAGAUGGGUCCAUUAUCUAAGAUGGCGGGCAUGAUUCCCGGCAUGAGCGGUAUGAUGCAGGGCAUGGACGACGAGGAGGGUAGCGCCAAGCUCAAGCGUAUGAUCUACAUUUGCGACUCGAUGACGGAGAAGGAGCUUGAUUCGGACGGCAAGAUGUUUAUCGAGCAACCGACGCGGAUGACGAGAAUCGCUCACGGGUCGGGAACCUCGGUGCGCGAAGUGGAGGACCUGCUGACGCAGCAGCGGAUGAUGGCGGGCAUGGCCAAGAAGAUGGGCGGCAACAUGAAGAACAUGCAGCGCGCGCAGCAGGCCAUGGGCGGCGGCAACAAGGCACAGCAGAUGGCGGCCAUGCAGAAGCGCUUGCAGAGCAUGGGCGGCGCCGGAGGUAUGGGCGGGGGCGGGAUGCCGGACAUGGGCAGCCUCAUGAAGAUGCUCGGCGGCGGAGGCGGCGGUGGCAUGCCCGAUAUGCAGGCCAUGAUGCAGCAGAUGGGUAUGGGUGGUAUGGGUGGUAUGCCGGGCAUGGGCGGCGGAAUGCCUGGUGCCGGCCGGGGCCGCGGCGGACGUCGUUGA